AUAAGAAGAGAGAAAAUGGCGAUCGGAUAAGGGAAGUUGAAAAUGGUUCAACAACAGGAGGUGCCAGCGGAGAAACAACAGUGGUUUAUAAAAGAUUAGCGGAACUUUUGGCCAACAAACGGAAAUCUCCUUACAAUACCACAUUAGCCUGGAUGCGAUGUCACAUAUCAUUUGCUCUAAUGAAAUCAACUAUAUCCUGUAUAAGAGGAUCAAGAGUGCGUCGGCGCCGUCAUACGGACAUGGGAAUAGCAACGGAGGUUGCUGAAAGUAAUUUAAUUAUUAACCCUUGA